AUGUUCCCUCCCUCCCUCAGCGGGCACGGCCAGCCCUCAGCGGCGGCGAGUCCCAUCACGCUGGGACGCGGUGCACGAAGCUGCUCGACGCUGUCCUGCAGUGGAGGAGUUGUCCCCUGCACCGUGCACGCCCCCGACUGCGUUGGUGAGUGUGUGGCCCCGUUCCACCGCCGUCCGCACCGCCACUUCCCCCUCCCUUCAGCCGCAGGAAACCCCAAGACGUGGCUCCACUUCGCGUUGAGCACAAACUCGCACACUCCCCUCCACCGUGCGGUCAACGGCUCACUGUGGCCGCGGCGGUGCCUCCUCCGCCCUUCCGCGCUGCGCUGCGGGCUGCCGAGUGCCGCCGGCGGGCCCCAACCUCCACCGACGCCGUCCCUGCGGCGCAGCACAUGCAAAGCGCCCCGCAGCAGCGCGAACUCCUUCCUCGCGUCUCCCAGGCAUUGCUCACAUGAUUUCCUUCCUUUGCAGUUGUCGUUGGCUUGCGCUGCGGCUGAACACCCACCACCAGCCAAAAGGGAGAACGAGAGGGGGUGA